AUGUUAAUCUUGUGUUGGCGAAUCAUAUCUAUCAAGAUUAACAAUGUUGGAAAAAACAAAAUGAAACCGACAAUGGAGUACAAAGCCGAAGAUUUCUCGCUGAUAAUGUCCACAAAUUUCGAAUCAGCUUAUCAGUACUUGAGCCGACUUGCGCAUCCUCUUCUGAAGGCAUCGUCAGCUGGAAGCAUUGUGUUUCUUUCUUCAGUUUGUGACUCGUAUCAAUCAACGUUGGAUCCAUAUAUAUAUAUAUAUAUAUAUAUAUAUAGAGCCACUGAAGGGGCAAUGAAUCAGCUAACAAAAAAUCUGGCAUGCGAGUCGGCCAAAGAUAAUAUAAGGACUAAUUGUGUUGCACCUUGGUUCACCACGACUCCCCUUGCUGAACCUUUUCUUACUGAUGAAAAAAAGUUCAAGGCUAUCAUCUCUCGAACGCCAAUGGGAAGAAUUGGAGAGCCAAAAGAGGUGUCUUCCUUGGUGGCGUUUCUUUGCCUUCCUGCGGCCUCUUUCAUCACUGGCCAUACUAUUUGCGUUGACGGAGGGAUGACGGUGAAUGGCUUGAUGAUGUCCACAUGAUAAGCAUGGAUACAUAUACGGG